AUGACGUUAAUUUCGGACGUAUUGGGUUUGCACGUGUCAUCCAAAUUUAUAUUGGUCGGCCAUGGAAAUCAAGCGGUUUUGCAUACCCCGAAAGAAUCCGUUCAAUUGCCACUAGGCGCUCGUCAAUCUAAAGUACAUGGAUUUGCAUUGAGUUCUUGUCAUGACGCACAACAUCUGUUAUUGCUAUAUGGCGAAAAUGCAUUCUCGUUAUUCAUUUAUAGCGUUAAUGAGAAAAGUGAGCCGUUUCAAUUGAUUUACGAAGGCGAAACAAGAGACUGGAUUAAUGCUGCGGUUAUUUUUGACAAUGAUGAAAAAAAAGAUUGGAAGCUAGUGGUGCACAUGUCUCACAGUGCCUUUUUAUACCUUCAGUGUAGCAUCUCAUCAAUGGUCUGUUCUGUGUUGGAAUUAGCAAGCUGUACCGAUUGCUCCAUGCUUUACCAUACGCGUCUGUAUGGCAAUAACUAUAAUGAUUUGGCAAUAAUAAGUGGAAAUGCGUUUGGUGAAUUGUUGAUUUGGCAUACACAAUGUCCUGUAGAUUCCGAUACAAUUAAUUGUACAAAAAUAUAUCCAUUGCUGUUACGUAUUCAAGCACAUAAUGGGGUUAUCUACUCCAUCAAUUUUAACCUGGCGUUGAAGAUUUUAGUUACUACAUCUGAUGAUCGUUCUGUGAAGUUCUGGAAAAUUCAAAAGGUCGGUUCAUGGAAAACCUUCUAUAUAAAACCUAUGUUUAGCUGCUUUGGACAUACUUCACGAGUUAUGAGCUCUAUCAUAGUCGAAAAUGGUGGCCGCGUAUGUGUAAUAAGUGCUGGUGAGGAUUCGUAUGUGUGUAUUUGGAACUGUUCCGGUGAUUUGUUAUUAAAACGUCGGCAACAAUUUGGGGCACCUAUAUGGCGGUUAGGUUUUGACAAAGCUACUUCUACACUCUAUAGUACCAGUUCAAUAGGAAAUGUAGUUGCUUAUAACAUUAAAAACAUUUUUAACCGACAGAAAAACCGAUUAACCAUGGUGGAUGACAUAGAUGCCACAAGUGAGUUUAUCGGAAAGCUAAAAUUUGUUAAUGAUAAGACUAUUGUUGGCCUAAGUAGCAAAAAUCGUAUAUUUUAUAUGAACCUAGAAACAAUAUCGCCGCAUGUUGAAAAGUGGUAUCUAGUGUCGAAUUUUCCCUACUACAAACGUACAGUGCUAGCAGCGUUUGAUGGAGUCAUUGCUACUUGUGGUUAUAAGAGAAUAACAUUGCACAGUUACAAUGUAAAAAAAAAAAAUUUCGAGAUAAUUUUUGAUGGCGUAAGACUGAAAGGGACAAUUCGAGCAUUUCAUUUUUUAACCAAAGAACAUUAUCUUGUAUCCGAUGAAUUAGGAAAUUGCCAGCUUCUAAAGGGACGUAAGUUGGACUUGGAUUCACAUAUUUUGCUGAAUAAUUUUGGUAGGUCCUGGACAACUGCCGCCUUGCUUGUAGUAGAAAAAUAUCUCUUCUUAAGUAAUCGUAAGGGUCACGUCAUGGUAUACUACCGCUGUGCUGGGAAGAAUUUUGAGUUGAAAAAUACUGUCAAAUGUUUGCAUGGAAACAUGGGUUCAACUUUUUUAAAGUUAUUGAAUAUAAAUAGUCACGAACUCCACGUAAUGAGCGGAGGCCAUGAGCCUUAUUUAAAAUAUCUACGUUUGAGAUUUGCUGAUAAUAGUUUAACAGUUCUGCAACGGGAGAGAGUCCCAUUAGGUUGGGUUGAAGCGUCCCCAGGUGAAGAUUUACUUCUUGGUUUCAAUGAUAAUCACAUUGUGGCCUGGUCGCGUAAACACGAUGUGCUCGUGCAGAUAGCUUGUGGGGGUGGGCAUCGUUACUGGGACUACCAUCUACAUAAUGAUAUACUUUGUAUAUUUUUUAUAAAGCACAAAAAGGUGUUUUUUUACCGUAGCUCACUUUGCAAUGAAGUCAACGAGAUAAAUGUACAGCGUAUUAACUGGCACGCUCGUAAUUGUAACACAAUAAAACUUCUUACGGGCCACAAUGCUCUUACGCCCUUGCUUCUGUCAGCAGGUGAUGAUAAUAUUAUAAAGAUUGCCAAGCUAGUCAACGACAAUUUAAUUCAUUGUGCCGAACUUCACUCCCACAUUUCAAGUGUACGUUGUUUAGAAACUUGUCUCUAUAAGUUCGAAAAUGGUUUAUUUACGUGGCUUAUUUUCUCAGUCGGCGGACGAUCUCAACUUUGCAUUAAUCAAAUUGACGAAAAAGAUGCUAGUGCGUGCAAUGUUAGUGAGCUGUGUACCCACAAAGUGCUAAGUACGUCAGAAUCAAAAAUCUGCGCUCUUGAAGCAAGAUUGAUGGCAAUUUCCAUCGCACAGCAUACCCUUUCGGGUAUUUUUACGUUAUAUAUAGCCAGUGCUGAAGGAGAGAUUCGUGUUUAUCGUUGGCUUUUUGAAAGACCUUUAGAACUACACUUAAUUAAUUUUCUGGACAUAAAAAGAUGUCCACUUAAAAUGCAUUGGAUCAAUAGCAAAAGUAUAUUGCUUAUCACAACAACCAACGGGGAAAUCUACGGUUUUGACCAGAAGCUUUCCAAACAACGUUUUCAGCUCCAGCUGCACGACGGUGGCAUUAAUACUUUAGAUAUAAAAAUUUAUGGACAGCUUUUGCACGUUUUGUCUGGCGGCGAUGACGAAAAUAUACAGUAUACCAUUCUAAAUUUGGAUAACUUCACAGUUCAGCAGAAUACAGCAUUUUUGGGUCUGCACAAUGCGCAGGUUAAUGCAGUGUCAUUACAACAAGAUAAUGAAAGUGAAGGAUCUCAGCUAUUUGGUUAUUCAUGCAGUGUAGAUAAACAGAUAUAUAGGAUCAAUUUGAUGACGCAUCAAUUCAUUCGUGUUGGAUGCACAUGUAUAGCUGAUAUAAAAGGGAUGUUGCUAGAUGAGCAUCAGCGCAUGUAUUUUUACGGAUGCGGAAUUCAAAUAUUACGUCGUACAUUAUUUGAUAACGGAUAUUUAAAAUAAAUUUGCAUUUAUCAUUUUAGGUAAGUCGACAGUAUAAUGCGUCGGUUCCGAUAUAGGUACUAGUUCAGUUAAUUUGUGGAAAUGUCUUUAAUUCCAUCUACCCAUCGAAUAAAUAUUUAUAGAAAUUAAAUUACUAUUUUGGGUUUUUGGUUUUUGUCGAGGCCUUUUAACAAAACUUAGUUGGAAAAAUAUAAUAAAAUUAGUUAGAAAUACAUACAACUUAGAGAUUAUUACGAAAGGGAUGAAUACAAAAAUAGUAAACAUAAAUAACGGCAUCAUGAAAAUUAUAAACAAUUACAAACAUUAUAAACAUCCUUAAUAUAAGUAAGUCGGUUUGAUUUUUUAUGUGUUGCCUACAAAAUACGAAAUCU